AUGCGAUUUUCCGCCGCCAUUGCCGUUGCAGCUCUGGCUGCUGGCUCUAUUGCCGACAGCUGCCCCUAUGCAGAGCGGGCUGCUGCUGACGCUGUUGUUCCUGCAGGAUGCCCAUAUGCCAAGCGUGCUGCAGAGAAGCAACCAGCCAAACCAACCAAAUUGGCUCGUCGAGGGCCAAUUGAGGGCAAAAAGGGUAUCUUCUAUAUGAACCGAAUUGGACCUUCCGGAUCGCAACUCUGGAUCUCUAAUGCCGACGGUACCAACAAGACCCAGUUAAUGGCCAACCAGACAAAUGCUUUUGAUUAUCACCCCUCUUGGUCUCAAGACGGUGAGUGGAUUGUCUUCACAAGUGAGCGUCGUGCACCUGGUCAGUCUGAUCUCUACCGUGUGCGAGUUGAUGGCACAGGGCUAGAGAGCCUUGCUUCUACAGACUCCGUCGAAGAUGUUGGCUCUCUGUCACCAAACGGCAAAGAGGUUACAUACGUAUCAACCCAAGGUAACUACACUACAAAUAUCUGGGUUAAGGAUCUGGAGACCGGGAUUGCCCGUAACUUGACCGACACCGCGAAGACACGCGCCGACAACACCUGGCCCUCCGGCCAUUUCAGACCUUCAUGGUCUCCUGACGGAGAGUGGAUUGCCUUCAGCUCUGAUCGUGACACGGAUUGGACUGGCCACUCUGAGGGCGUUGGCUGGGAGCACACACAGAACUUGGGCGUGUACGUGAUCCGCAAGGAUGGCACGAAGAUGCGCAGAGUGGUUUUCCAGGAAGGAUUUGCAUUUGGCACUCCUCAGUGGUCCAGCGAUGGAAAGCGUAUCAUCUACAACAACAUCACCCGCGAGAACACAUACGGUGCCCAUGGUGUCUCUCAGCAACAAGCUGCCGUCUCCUCUCAAAUCUAUAGCGUUGACUUCGCUACCGGCAAGAACAUCGUGGCACACACUUCGGGCUCGUACCCCAAGUUCGGCCAGCACUACAUGGGCAGCUCAAGCAACAUUGGCUACUUCAUCAAGGCCGGUGAUCUUGAGGGUGUUCACUACACAAAGGUCGACUCCACCCACAAGGCUUUCAACUUGACCAACCUUCGUGACCCUUGGUGGUCUCCCGACGGAUCCAAGAUCGUAUACUCCAUUCCCAACUGGACCCAACAAGCUGCCGACCUCGAGCUCUUCAGCUACGACAACGACUGGGCCUACCGCUACAUGGACGUAUUCCCCAUGCACAACACCGUCGUGAACCGUAUUGCCAGCACCCAAAAGGUUCUGGGAGCUGCAAAUGGUUCAUUGGUAUCGACCGAUCCACUCUACAAGGAUAUUGUCACCGCACUUGAUUCCUACGAGAUCUACUCAACCAGCAACGCCAGUGAAGUCGAGUGGCUUCUCGAAGGUGAAGCAGGUGCUUUCCAGCCUUCCUGGAACCCUGAUGGUGACGAGCUUCUCGCUGGUUUCGGUGGCUGGUUCACGAGUCGUACUACCGUUCCCUCUGCCAUCGUCCGCGCCACGGCCAACGGUAGCACCUUCAGUACCUUGACAAGCUGGUCUGAUAAUGCCGGUUUCCCAUCUUGGUCUCCCGAUGGAUCCUCAUACGUCUACCGUCUGUGGAAUAUGACCACCAGUGCCCCUGAGGGUCUUAUCGUCCACAAUUUCACUACCAACACCUCAUCCCAGCUCACUACGGGCUGGGAUAACACCCCCGGCUGGUCUCCAGAUGGUGAACGUAUCGUCUUCACCCGUAACAACAACUGGACUGAAUCGUACGGUGCCCGCUGGUACGCGGAUCGCUUCGAUAUUUACACCAUUAAGCCCGAUGGCUCGGACUUGAACCGGGUUACGGAUAGUCUGUCCAACGACGCACACGCUGUUUGGUCCCAAGAUGGUCGCAUCAUGUGGAGCACCGGUAUGUACGGCUUCAAGGACGAGAGUGCUCUUUUCGACAACACCUUCCAGCCUUACGGUCAAAUCAUGAUCAUGGAUUACGAUGGUUCCAACAAGAAGUUGCUCACCGAUACUAUCUGGGAGGACUCUAUGCCGCUCUAUAUUCCAAAUGAGUAUCUUGAAUAG